AACAAAACUAAAGGGUUCUUUAGUUCAUAAAACGCAAGGCGAUAUCAGAGUCAAGAGGAGCGAUGGCUUAUGAACCUUUUAAAGAAUGGGAUCAUUUGGACAUACCUGCAUAUCUGCAACCUGACCCAGAGCAUUCUUAUAUUCUGUGUAUAAGACGCGGUGAGGAUGAUGGACCUCAUCUCACGCCCGAAGAAGAGGAACACCUUAUGCAGAAACAAGUCAUGGAGACAGAGGGAUUCGACAUCGAUUUCAAGCAGUUCCGCUGCAUUUUUAACUACAUACCUAUUGAUUUGGAUGACAACGAUUUAACCAUGGAACCAGAAACUACGAGAGAGUUAAUGGAUAGGCUGUCUCGGGAAUCACUUGAGAGAUACAAUGAAAGAGAGUUCACUCUAUUAAAACUGCCGAGAAAGAAGAUGUGACGAAACCAAGGUAUAUGAAAUUUCCUAUCUUCUUACUUUGAUGAGUCUUUUCCUUUUGUGUUGAUUAUAGAUUCUUGUUCUAUCUAAGGGUUUUUUACUUUGCUGAAUGUUUCUCAGACUAAUAGAGGAGCUUUCUAAUGUUGGUAGUGAGACCCAAGCACUUCUGUAAUAAUUGACUUGAGUGAAU